UAGUACCCAGCGAUUGGUAAUAGAGAACGCAUGUGCAGACAACGGAGCGGAUACGCAACGUGAAAGAAGACAAGCCAUCAAGUACGAGCAUUAAGGUUUACUGUUAGGCAUCCGAUAAUCCGAGAAUCAGAGAGACAUCGUCGUCAUUAGGGCAGCCAAUUAGCCAAAUCAGUGAUUGUGAUAAUGCUUAAAGGUGUUCCCACGCUAGCCGGUCGCAACCUUCGUCUUCUGACGACCCAGGGACAGGUGUUGGCCCACCAUCGCGCCAAGGCAUCCGCUGCAGAGCCGGAGGAGCAAUUCGACCAGGAGACAGAUCUCUUGAAGCGCGCCAAGUUCGGACACACGGGCAAACAGCUGCAGCAGAAAAUAUCCACCGAGAAGAAACUGCGCGCUCCACCGCUAUUGAACUUGGUAUUUGCCAAUCGAAAGUUGUCCUUCUACGACACCAGUUCCACUCCAAAGACCAAAGAGGAUAAUGCCAAACUCCAUCGGGAGCAGGAGCAGCGCAAUGCGGAGGAUGUGCUAUUCGAUAUGUUCGCCAGCGAGGAGACGGGUCUCAUCUCGAUGGGCAAGUUCCUGGCCGGGCUAAAGACCACUGGCAUUCGCAGGAACGAUCCAAGAGUACGAGAGCUAAUGGACAAUUUGAAGAAAGUUCAUAAAUUGAACAACUACGAGACGGGCUCUUCGGCGGAGACGCAGCAUCUCAAUCGGGAGACCUUCAAGGCAGUGGUGGCCCCCAAUAUUGUGCUGAUUGCCAAAGCUUUUCGGCAGCAGUUUGUGAUCCCCGACUUUACCAGUUUCGUCAAGGACAUCGAAGACAUUUACUGCCGCUGCAAGACCAACACUUUGGGCAAGUUGGCCGACUAUAUUCCGCAACUGGCCAGAUAUAACCCCGAUUCCUGGGGUCUGAGCAUCUGCACCAUUGAUGGCCAGCGCUUUUCCAUUGGCGAUGUGGAGGUUCCGUUCACCCUCCAGAGUUGCAGCAAGCCACUCACCUACGCCAUUGCUCUGGAGAAGUUGGGCCCCAAGGUGGUGCACUCGUAUGUGGGCCAGGAGCCCAGUGGCAGGAACUUUAAUGAACUCGUCCUGGAUCAAAACAAGAAACCGCACAACCCGAUGAUCAAUGCAGGUGCCAUUCUCACCUGCUCCCUGAUGAACGCUCUGGUCAAGCCUGACAUGACCUCCGCCGAGAUCUUCGACUACACCAUGUCCUGGUUCAAGCGGCUGUCCGGUGGGGAGUACAUCGGCUUCAACAAUGCCGUAUUCCUGUCCGAACGAGAGGCUGCCGAUCGGAACUACGCCCUGGGAUUCUAUAUGCGGGAGAACAAGUGCUUCCCCAAGCGCACCAAUCUGAAGGAGGUGAUGGACUUCUACUUCCAGUGCUGCUCCAUGGAGACCAACUGCGAGGCAAUGUCCGUGAUUGCCGCCAGUUUGGCCAAUGGAGGAAUCUGUCCCACCACCGAGGAGAAGGUGUUCCGGCCGGAGGUAAUCCGGGAUGUGCUCUCCAUCAUGCACUCCUGCGGCACGUACGAUUAUUCCGGUCAGUUCGCCUUCAAGGUGGGACUGCCAGCCAAAUCCGGUGUGAGUGGUGGCAUGAUGCUGGUCAUUCCCAAUGUGAUGGGCAUCUUCGCCUGGUCGCCGCCCCUGGACCACCUGGGCAACACGGUGAGGGGCCUGCAAUUCUGCGAGGAGCUGGUCUCCAUGUUCAAUUUCCAUCGCUACGACAACCUGAAGCAUCUGUCCAACAAGAAGGAUCCCCGGAAGCACCGCUACGAGACCAAGGGACUUUCGAUUGUGAAUCUGCUCUUUUCAGCAGCCAGCGGAGAUGUUACGGCCCUGCGUCGUCAUCGUCUCUCUGGCAUGGACAUCACCCUGGCGGACUACGAUGGACGUACUGCCCUGCAUCUGGCUGCCUCCGAGGGCCACUUGGAGUGCGUGAAGUUCCUGCUGGAACAGUGCCAUGUCCCACACAACCCCAAGGAUCGUUGGGGCAACCUGCCCGUGGACGAGGCCGAGAACUUUGGGCACAGCCACGUGGUGGAGUUCCUGCGCUCCUGGGCGGAGAAAGUGGAUCUGUCCAGCGAGGAGUGCAAGACCGAGGCGGUGACCAGCAAGACACAAGCGGAUGAGGUCAGUUCAGGUUCAACUUCAAGCUUAAGUUUAAGUUCAAGCUCAAGUCCGAAGACGACGAAGUUGCUGGAUGAGAAGCCGAGCAAGAAUAACGACAAGUCCAAGCUGAAUUCCAAUCUCUGUUUUCAGGAAAUCUGCAGCACGAGCGACCUGGAAACCAGCCCGGCCACCAGUCCCAUUCCCACGCCAGUGGAGUCGGGAUCCAGGGCGGGAUCGGGGCGAUCCAGUCCGGUGCCAUCGGAUGCGGGCAGCACGGCGAGCGCCGGGAGCGCCAGCAGCAUCGAUGACAAAACCAAGCCGGGACUAUAAGCAUCCUGAGAUCCGUUACCCGCUGAAUCUCUCCGACUAAAUUAUUCGCACAACCUUUUAGUUUAUACAUGACGUAUUAGAUUAAAGUUAAGACACGAAAUAUCCCCAGUUUCGCACUGGUCGGUUAGUCCUAUAUAAUUUGUAGUUGUCAUCCCACGUGUAAGCUUUGGUCCUUCGAUCAGGAUCAUCUGCACGAGCGGCAUUGGUACUUGUAGUGCUUAGUUAGUCUCAAAUAAUCCUUUAUAAAACAAUGACAAUAAUCUAAACUAAUAUCUACUAACCCACAACUUGUGGUCUGUGACCCGCCUAAAUGUAUUACAUUCGUACUUGUCAAUUGAUAUUUGUAUGCGUUUGUAAGUGUAUUAAAUAUCUUGUUCCAAAAAGCUCGAGCUAUGUGCAGACAUACUUGAUUGCAGUUGAAUAUAUUAAAUAUAGUUACCUAAAACAACACAA